AUGAGAGAAAAUACAACAUUGACCUUUCAAUAACAACAACAGUAAUAAUAAUUAGUACUAGUAGUAGUAAACUUUUCUUUGCCUCAUAUAGUCCGUUAACUUCAUAUAUGUGUUUGUCAUACUAAACGCCGGGCCCUUCGGUUUUCCUUGUUCUCGCUAAGUGCAGCCUGUCAGGCUUUCGAAGAAAAAUAAACGAAACAAUCCUGGAAUGGAAUGGCGCAAACUGCUUAUUUAGCCAUCCUUCCUCCAUAUUUAGCAGUUGCGACUGGGUGCGAACGCGUAAACAAUAGCAGAAGCAGGAACGAAUGGUACUACUAAAAAAUAUAAAUGUAGAAAAAAAAAAUAUGGAUGCAGCAUCAAGAAUGUCAAAGUGCACUGCACUCUAGGCACUAGUGACCCCAGAAAGCGCCUGUUUCGGUUUCGCUUUGACAUUUCCGAACGAUGCGGGUCGCUCGCGUCGCUCCAGGAAUAUGUUCAAGAUGGCCGACGCCAGGAUGUUUUCGAUGUUGUGAAUCCCGUUGCAACGCUUUCCGUCACAAUGAGUGAACCGAAGGAGAAACGGAGAAAAGAGGACACGAGACGCAAGAGAAGUUCUAGAUCUCCUAGUCCGGAGCACAGAUCAAAGCACACCAAGGCUGGCCCACAUGUGCAGGUUGCAAAAACUGAUAGCGGCCACAGAGAGAACCCCGAAAGGCACAGAGACAGGCAUGAACGGCGUCGGAGAAGCACAAGCAGGGAGAAUGACAACAAGCGGCGGAAACACGAAGAUGAUGGCCGUCACAGGCCACCCCACUCCCGGGAUAACCAUCGAGAUCGGGACAGUCCACCACGCAGGGACAAGCGGCGACAGCGGCGGCGCUCUGGUGAUGGGGAGAAGCAUCAGUGGGGCAAGAAGGAGCCCAAGGAGGAGCCAGAAGAGAAGGUGGCGGUGAAGCCCGACUUUGGCCUGUCUGGCAAGCUGGCUGAAGACACCAACAUCUACAACGGCGUAGUCAUCAAGUACAACGAACCACUUGAAGCUCGCAAACCAAAGCGCCGGUGGCGGCUUUACCCUUUCAAGGGCGACGUCAGCCUGCCCUUCAUUCCACUGCACCGGCAGAGUGCCUACUUGCUUGGCAGGUCGAGACUGAUUGCCGACAUCCCAAUCGACCACCCUUCCUGCUCCAAGCAGCAUGCAGUGUUGCAGUUUCGGCUGGUGCCAUACACGCGCAACGACGGCACGAUGGGGCGUCGUGUGCGACCCUAUGUCAUUGAUCUCGAGUCGGCCAAUGGUACCUUCGUCAACAACAAGCAAGUUGAGCCUCGCCGCUACGUCGAACUGCUCGAGCAGGACGUUCUCAAGUUUGGGUUCAGCACCCGUGAAUAUGUCAUUCUCCACGAGGAGUCACAAGGGGAGCACCUCGAUGACGAUGUUGCCGGCACCGGAAAGCAUCCGUGCACCUGAUCCCCGACCAUGGUCACGUCUGGCUUUCUCCCAGGUGUUUCCUUGUUCCUUGAAGUAUGUCUUGUGAGAGGCAAGAACCUGAGCUCAUAGGCAACGCUUAUGCUAGAACAUGCAGCUGCAACCUCGUGUCAUAAAGGAGGAGGAGCUGCGUCAAACCCCAGUGUUUUAAGUUCAGCAUCAGUGUUAAAAGUGUGUUCUUAUAGAUGUUUAGAAAAUGAUGACAGUCAAAGAACCAUAGGCUAAAAGAUUUUGUCUACAUGUUUUAAUAUUAUGUGCGGAGCGAUGGCCUGCAUCAUUACAGCUGUCUGCUACAUCAUGCAUGCAGCAAGGUGGUUUCAUAUGACAGGAGGAGCAGGUCCUUUCUGUCACAGUGUACACAUUUGUGCAAAAGGUGUAAAAUGACAGUACCUAUGUGCCCAUUCUUACCGAGCAAUGUGUGUAAAGUUUAUAUUUAAUGCUUCGGGACUUUGUUGACACAGCUGGGUGUUAUAGGGAUACUGCCCAUUGUAGCAAGUGUCUGCCAUAAGUAGGUGGUGUUGUGCUCAUUGUCAAACUGCAGCCGCCAGCCUCGUACUGUCUCAUAUGCUGUGGCGCUAUACAAGUGGAUGGCACUUGGACUUUGUAAGGGCGCAGGUGUUUGCGAAAACUCUUGCCUUGUCACGUUGUGUCCUCCUUCUGCCAGCUUUUGGAGAAAUCGUCAUUUGGUCAGUGUCUUGCAGUGCCUGACAAGUUGCUUGCAUUUAUUGUUUUUUUUAGCAGCGCCUCUGUACGGCAGUUCCUGCCACAUUUAUCUGAAACAGCCCUCUAAUGGUAUGAGAGUGUAGCAUGUGCUUGGCUACCAUUGACCAUACGCCCUGCCCCUCACCCCAGAAUGGCUCUGCUUGGGGUGCAGUUAUCAUCAGUCAUCACGUUUCAUCAAUCAUAACGUGGUUACGUUUGCCGUGAAGUUUUAUACAACUGUUACUAGAGGGAGGCCUGGCACUGCAGAUGUUAUUAGCCACCAUGGGAGUGAUUGUGUAUGAAAGGGCACAUUCUGGGACGUGAGCUGUUUGUGAAUCGGAAGAAUGUGUUGUCACUCAGCAAUGCUAUGGUUUUCCAGCUUGUGCAAAGUUCGGAGCACGGAUGGUGGCAUGACUUACUGUAGCAUGCUACCUAGCAAACCAGCUUUUGUGUCUUCAAAGCAGUACUUUGAAGGUGUGGUCUGCAAAACUGCCCUGUCACAACAAAAUGGCUAUUGUGAACACCCACGUCAUGUG